CCCAUCCCCUACCCUCGAGUAUCCGUCACUGUUCAUCCCCAGCUAUGCAUCGGAUUUCGCAUUAGGAGUUAUUUGUUCUAAGAGUCCUCCAUCGGUUUCAGAAUGGAUAGUGUGUGUCUGCAUUCCCAGUUUAGCAGAACUGCACCUUUACACAGUAAAGAAAGUACAUGGCAAUGUCUCAGUUUGCUCAACUCUAUGAAGAGCAGAUGCAGUGGACUCAGCCUUCAAUUCAACUUCAGAAUUUUGCCACAACACUCGAUUCACGCGCAAGCACUUGUAAUUAAAUGCGAUAAUCCUCAAAAUGCAGAUUUGCCUCGUUAUUACUCCAAAAAGGAGAAGAAACCGUUUCCUAUACCGAUAGUCGAGCUAAGAAGAGCAGCCAGGCAGAGGCUGAAAGAUAGCAAGAACAAACCAAGAGGAGCUGUCCCCCCUCCAAAACGAGGCCUCGUGGUCGAAAAACUAAUUCCUCUCGCAUAUAGGGUGUUGAAUGCAAGAAUAAGGUUAAUAAACAAUCUCAAGAAGCUUUUGAAAGUGACGCCCGCCUAUUCCUGCAAGUGGUGCAGUGAAAUCCACGUGGGUCCCACUGGGCAUCCAUUCAAAUCAUGCAGAGGGCCACAAGCUUCUGCCCGUAAAGGAGCUCAUGAAUGGGGCGAAGCGUUUCUCGAGGACAUACUGGCACCGGUCGAGGCCUACCACUUGUAUGAUCGCCUCGGAAAACGUAUCCCACACGAGGAAAGAUUCUCCGUACCAAGAAUACCAGCCGUAGUAGAGCUUUGCAUUCAAGCGGGAGUCGACCUGCCGGAAUAUCCCACCAAACGGAGGCGAAAGCCAAUCAUACGCAUUGGAAAACGUGAAUUCGUCGACGCCGACGAGAGCGAGCUCCCAGACCCCGAACCAGAUUCUCCGAAGCCGGAAAUUUUGUCUGAAUUAUUCGAUUCCGAAACUAUCCCUCCGUCCAGCAAAGAAGAAACGGUUUUACUUGCUGAGGAAACACUCGAAGCGUGGGAAGAAAUGAGAGGCGGAGCGAAGAAGCUGAUGAAGCUGUACACUGUGAGGGCGUGUGGCUAUUGUCCGGAAGUGCAUGUGGGUCCCAGCGGUCACAAAGCACAGAACUGUGGGGCCCACAAGCACCAGCAGAGGAACGGGCAGCAUGGAUGGCAGGCUGCGAUUCUUGAUGACUUGAUUCCACCGAAAUACGUAUGGCAUGUGCCCGAUGUUAAUAAGCCUCUACAGAAGGAGCUGAGGAGCUUCUACGGGCAGGCACCUGCGGUGGUGGAGCUAUGUGUACAGGCUGGCGCUGAGGUGCCGGAUCAUUACAGACCGACUAUGAGGUCCGAUGUUGGGAUACCUGCAAAUGUUAGAGAAGCGGAAAUGGCGGUUUGAAUCUCCUGUAAGUUUAUGGUCGCCUUCUUUGUAAAAACUAUUUAAAGAAAACAAAAUUCGCAGAUAUAAUUUGUGUAGGAUUUGUGUUUUAUAUAAAACUUGUUUGUUGAAGCAUAUGGCGUCUCGAAAUCUUUAUUCUUGGCUGAAUGAUCGUCUAGCGAACCAUAUUUUAAGAAUGAUUGGGAAAA